CCUCGAUUUUGUAAAACCUGCAAUAAUUACAAACCACCCAGAACCCACCAUUGCUCCAGCUGUAAUCAAUGUAUAUUAAAAAUGGAUCAUCAUUGUCCGUGGGUCAAUAAUUGUGUGGGAUUUGCAAAUUAUUGUCAUUUCUUUCGAUUCUUGGUCUAUGUUGAUUUGUGUACCAUCUAUCUAUUUGUC